AUGGGAAUUAGCAGUGCAGAUCGUGGUAUAUCAACAGUUUUAAAUCUUUUUUCCCUUCUUUCAUUGCCAUUAGCUCCUGACGAGUUAGACAGGGAUAUGAGUAAAAUUAAUAGACAAGUUCAAGAAUUGGUCCCAAAAUUAUUUUCACAUUACGAAAGAGAAUCUCCGCCAACACCUAGUAAUGGGGGACCUGUUGAGAUUGUUAGUUAUUUAAUGGUUGAUCAUAUUGAAGAUAUGAAUUGGCUUGAUGAACGUUUGGCGUGGGAACCUAGGGAUUUUGGCCAGUUGGACAAGCUAUCAUUUACUGGCUUUGAUUUGAGUCGUUUUUGGUCUCCAGGUGUUACUGUUAAAGGAUUAACAAUGCCUUCAAAAGAGUUGGCAAUGUUUCACAAUACUGCAUAUACAUUAACAUAUCAAGGAUAUAUUUUUGCAGAAAUGAGUAUAAGUAUUAAAGCUGCAUGUCGAUUAGAUUUAACUAAUUACCCUAAUGAUAAUCAAACUUGUUUUGUAAUGGUAUUUACUCCUAUAUAUCAAACAGCCAGGCAUUUUUAA